UGACAAGGUGCUGGGUAUAAAAUGUGUCAUAAGUUUCAGUUCAUCAUUCAGUCUUCAGCUUCCGUUGAACACACUUGAAACAUGUCUUCCUUCACUGUUCUGUUGCUCUGCAUCCAAGCUUGCUUGGUCCAGAAUGUGUUCAGCCAGUGUCUCGGCUCAUACGCACCUGCCACCAUCAUCGCCCCCGCCGCUCUCUCCACCGCCGCUCCCUGCGGCUCCGGCCUUGGCUACGGCGCUGGACUAGCAGGGCUUGCCUACCCUGGCGCUGGCUUGGCUGGUGCUGGUCUGGCUGGCCCCUUCGGAUUGGCUUCUGGUUUGGGUUACGAUGGACUCGCCUACCCUGGCGCUGCCGGUUACGGCUCUGGAGUCGCCGCGUACGGCGGCGCCGGUGAAGGCAACGUGGCGGUCGCUGGUGAGCUGCCAGUCGCCGGUAACACCGCUCUGUAUGGACAGGUGCCCAUCAUGGGCGCUGUGAGCUUCAGCGGUCCUGUGGCUGCUGCUGGUUCCGUGUCCAUCUCCGGACAGUGCGCGUGCGGCUGCAACGCCCCUCUCACUACUCCCGUGUACUGCUGAAAGACCAAUUUCUGUCAUGUGGACA